CAAGCAUGGCUGCCCGCAUGUUCAGGACGGUCUUGCGAAGUCACGCAGUUGGACUGUGUCGACUGAAGGUGUCGAACAAGCGCACAUUCUGCAGUGGAGGUCAAACACCCACGGGAAUACUCAAUGUGCCUCUGUCGCAGGCUGUUCCGGGAAUGCCUCCCCCCAAAUACGCCACAGUCAAUCAGGACCGGUCAGAAACCAAGGUCACCAGACUGGACAAUGGACUGGUGGUCGCCUCAGAAAACAAAUUUGGACAAUUUUCUACUGUUGGAGUGUUGAUUGACUCUGGAUCAAGGUAUGAAGUGGACUACCCUAGUGGAAUUUCACACUUCCUAGAAAAGCUGGCAUUUUCAUCGACAUCAAAAUUUGAAGAUCGUGACACCAUCCUCCAAGCUCUGGAAAAACAUGGAGGGAUUUGCGACUGUCAGGGAUCCAGAGACACCUUAAUAUAUGCAGUUUCCGCGGAGACAAGUGGUUUGCCGACAGUGAUUGACAUCUUAUCAGAAGUUGUGCUCCGCCCAAAUAUGUUUGAUCAUGAGAUGGAGGACGCAAAGUCCGCCAUAUUGUUUGAGCUUGAGAUGCUGGAGAUGAGGCCUGACCCAGAGCCACUACUGAUGGAGCUGGUUCAUGCUGCUGCCUACCGGGACAACACUCUGGGUUUGCCCAAGUUCUGUCCACCUGAUAAUGUGAAGGUAAUAGACAAGCAGACACUGUAUAGAUACAUGCAGAGCUUCCACACCCCUGACAGGAUGGUGCUAGCCGGGGUAGGCAUGGAACACCAGUCCCUCGUCGACAUGGCAACUGAUAUAUUUUGUAGCAAAAUGCCCACCUGGGAGGAAUCAGCUGUUUUGAAGCCGCCUGAGAGAGAUAACUCAUUAGCCCAGUAUACAGGUGGAGUUUUACAGGUGGAGAAGGACUUGUCCUCUGUUAGCCUAGGGCCAACACCUAUGCCUGAGCUCGCUCACAUUGUGAUUGGCCUAGAGAGCUGUUCUCACAAAGAUGAUGACUUCAUCGCCUUCUGUGUGCUCAACAUGAUGAUGGGGGGUGGGGGGUCAUUCUCUGCCGGGGGACCAGGGAAGGGCAUGUACACGCGGCUCUAUCUCAAUGUUCUCAACAGGUACCACUGGAUCCACACUGCCACAGCCUAUAACCAUGCCUACGAAGACUCGGGGCUGUUUUGUAUCCACGCCAGUGCUCAUCCAUCUCAGUUGAAGGAUUUAGUGGAGGUGAUCGUGAGGGAACUGGUGAACACAGCUGGGAGAGUGUCAGAGACGGAGUUAAGCAGGGCUAAGACACAGCUCCAGUCCAUGCUAAUGAUGAACCUAGAAUCCCGUCCGGUGGUGUUUGAGGACAUCGGCAGACAAGUGUUGGCCAAUGGUUACAGACAUCCACCCAAGUAUUAUUUUGAUGAAAUAGGUAAAAUCACAGAAGCCGAUAUUCAGCGAGUGGCCACUCGAAUGCUGUCCUCGGCGCCCACAGUUGCUGCCCUUGGUUCCUUAGAGAAGCUGCCUUCCCUUGACACGAUACAGGGGGCGCUGUCUAGUCGAGACAGUCGUAUGCGGCGCCGAUUUUCAUUAUUUAGUAGAUAAUGCUAGUAUGGCCUGAACUGUACAUAGCGUAACAAAACUCAGUGUGUAUGUCUUGACGUUUAUAUUUUAUAUACAUGUUAUUGUAUGCAGGUGUACACGUAUGCUUUUUACUGUUACAUGCAAGAAUCGUUUACUUAGUUGAAACUUGUCGUAAACUUGCUAAAAAAGAUGGUACAAACCAGACAGUACAUCACAGUGUAUGUUAUUUAUGGAGAUCAGAGCUCUUUAGACAUGGAGGCUCAAAAUGUACGUUUUGCUGAGAAAGUUACAAAUAACUGUUAAAGUCAUGUUCAAUCCCACAAGCCCACUUCGUUAAGACUUGUCAUCAUACGUGCCAUUUAUUUAUGUUUGUAGUGAGAAAGGCGACGUUGUGUUCGCCUGCGGUGUACUUGUUAUGUAUGAAAUGUACAUGUAAUGUCACAUUGCCAGUGAUACCUUUGCGAGAUUUAACGAGACUUAACGGAACUGAGAUUUUCAGUCCGCUGCGCGACGGUUUUGUAAUGAAUCUGAAUGUUUUUAUCAUCAGUCAUAAUGUCUCAGCCUGUCAGAGUGCUGCACAAGUUAUAAGUACAUCUGACCUUAGGAAAACCAAUAUGUUCAAUAUUAAAUAACGACAUUUUGAAGUUCGUUUUUCACAGGUCGUUCAGGACUUUUUCUUUGUUAAGGUGAACGGCUUUAUGGCUAGCAGUCGAAUAAUGUAUGCUUGAGAAUGUUAGCGUGAUAUUCCACGCAUGACUAAGUUUCCACGCAUGACUAAGCUUCCACGCAUGACUAAGCUUCCACGCGUGACUAAGCUUCCACGCAUGACUAAGCUUCCACGCAUGACUAAGCUUCCACGCGUGACUCAGCUUCCACGCGUGACUAAGCUUCCACGCAUGACUAAGCUUCCUCACAUUUAACCAGUAUUGGCAGAACUCGCACUCGCGCGUUUUACUACCUGGAUGGGUUCUUAACUUCUCAGCACCAUGAACUUUUCGCGAGUAACACGUAGUCAUAACGUAAAAUAACUUAUUUAGCAAAGGAGACUUGGCUGCCUGGAGACAUUUUGUAUAAUCAUCAGUGCAGGCUUAUUGAUAACGGAGCGCGUCUCCAGCACUUUGCAGUGCUCUUGGAUUUACCCUGCUGAUUGAGAAAGCAGCAGGUGGGAAACGCCAGGAGCGUCAGUAUAUGAUAAGGAAUGUACUCAUGGAAACGAAUGGCUCGCGUUAUAUGUAGACGUUAUUGUAUAAAAUCAACGUCGAAUGUAUUCAGAAAAUGGUUUCAGGAUUUUAAGGGUACAGGAAACGUUUGUUUGUUUUUUUUUUUAUAAUACGCAUUUUAGGAUGUGUCUGAGCAUAUAAAAGUUUACAAAAGGGGAAAAAAAGACCUCUCAGCUUUUUCCCCAUAGUAAAAAUAGCUUCAAAGUGCAGUUUUCUGAGGCCCCGGUGGUCAGUCCGAAAAUUAGCCUGCAGUCGAGAUGUGAACAGUAAUAGCGAUGAAAACUCUUUGGUGGCGAGAUUCUGAAUGUUACGCUGAGUAAAUUAGUCUCUGAUGUCAUCUCCGAAAAUUUCCGACUAUAGACGGAAAAUAUGCAUAAAAUAAUGGGUUAUGAAUGUUCCCCCAAAAAUAAAAAAACAAUUUUGGUUAAAAAAGGAUGUGAAAAACGUUAUUGAUAAUGCUGUGCAGCUUUCUGCCGACCUAUGUACUCAUCAUGGAGUAAGACAAUCAAGAAUAAUGACGAAUGUUUUAUUGAAAAAUAUGUACAUUUGUAUUACAAAUUGACGGUUCCCCUAACCCCCCUCCCACUCUCACUAUUUCUGGGACCUUAACAGUGACAAUAAGAGGUCGACGAUAUUUUGGCGGUCCAGCGUUCGUUGAAAACCCGUAAUCUCAGUGGCUUUCCCCAAUUUUAUAAAUGAAACAUUCUUCAAUGCGACGUUCAGCAAGAGUGGAAUUAAUGCAUUUACAUUUUAAGUGUUGUGUUUAUUGCCGAAAAUGGCCAAACUGCAUUUAUAGCCGUCUAAAAUCCAUGAUGUGUGGAAACCUGCAAGUCUCCUUAACCCUUCCCUCGCGGACUGAAUACUCAGUCGGUUUGGUUUUCAGAAAUCCCCGCGACGCGCGUGAUGUGUGAAGCUUUUAUGGAAACAUUUUAAACUGAAACGAACACAUCCUGUAACAAUGUUCCAUGAAUAUUAAGUGUAUGUGAAUUACGGAUGACAGAGUAGAAGUCAAAAGGCCUGGCUGACAAAGAUAAGCUGUUCCAUACGAUAGAUACAGAUAUGUGUAUAUUAAUGAUUUGAUCGAUAUGGUUCGUAAGCCAUGUAUUUGACGCCAAGGUUUUUCUUGUUAGACAUAAAUCUUGUUGAAUGUAUAUUGUUCAGGAAAGAAAUUCAAACAUUUUUCUCAUCGCGAAAAGUACUAAAACUCGCACCUUAUCUGCAAUUAUCGUUCCAAAUGUUUCUAAUUUUAGAAAAAAAUGAACGUAUGUGUCUUGUCUGUGCUGACAAGCCAAAAAAAAAAUAAAUAUAUAAAAAUUGA